UUUUCAGGGCAAGGCAACCCGAUGAGGCGAGCAUGGGCACCAUCAACGUGUCACUGGCAGCGAACCCAUGUGAAAGCGUGAAACCAGAGGAGGAGCAGGAGGUGGAAGACGUCUAACGAAGAGGGAUGGGCGGGGUGAGGAAACCAGCAAUCCCAACCGACGACGGGGUUCGAACCUUUGCUCACCCCGACGUGGGAAGAGGGACCGUGAGGAGCGGCGACGCACCACCACAAUGCCCCAUCAGGACAGAUUACAGCAGAACGACGAUGAAAUCGGUGAGGGAGGAGGAGGAGGAGGAGGAGGAAAAGGGGGGGAGGCGGAGAAAGAGGAGGCGGAAGAGGAGGCAGCCAGCGGCAGCUUCUGUGCCCCGGCGGGCCCCCUGCGAAGCCGCGGGAAGAAGAGAUAGAGAGGAGGACUACGCACGCCUCUGA